AUGGCGCGCCGCAUGGCACCGGCGCGCGCGGUGCAGACGUACGAGCGACAGGCGCUGCGGGAGGACGAGAUGGACGAGCUGCGGGAGGCGUUCCGUCUGUUUGACGCGGACGGCAGCGGAGCGGUCGACCUCGAGGAGCUGCAGACAGUGAUGCAGUCGCUCGGGUACGAGACGACGUCCAAGUGCGGUGAAGUGCAUCACGAGGGGAAGCGCUGCAGUGACGAGAAGAGAGUCGUCGACAUGGAGACGUUUGUGGACAUGUUGGGGGCUGCAGAGGAGGAGCGCGACGCGGUCGACGAGCGCGAAGAGAUCCAGCGGGUGUUUGGUCUGUUUGAUGACGACAAGACGGGCAAGAUCUCUUUUCGCAAGUUGAGACGCGUGGUACAAGAGCUGAGCGAGGCCAUCACGGACGCCGAGUUGCUGGAAAUGAUUGAGCGGGCCGACUUGAACCAGGACGGCGAAGUGGAUGCGGACGAGUUUUACGCAAUGAUGACGAAACAGACUUUCACGUAG